GGUUGGUUUGGUGCAGUGUGAUUUGGGUGGAGGUCAUGGAUACAGCUGCCCCCGUGACCCGAUAAUGGAUAAGUGGAUGAAAAUAGAUGGCUGGAUUAUUUGAAAUUAAAUUUACUUGAGUAAAGUAUCUAGAUUCUGUACUUGUAUGGUAUAAUAUCAGACCAUUUUAAAUUAGUCCUAGGUUCUGAGUAGUGUUAACUUUCUCUUUCAUAUCGGCCAAUCACAGCUCAGACAAAACAAGUUGAAAGUUUAAAUUGCCGUAUUGAGAAUUUCUCAGACGUACGGCAUAAAAUCAGGGUCCGAGUUUCCAGAGAUGAGUUCUGCCACCGUGGCAUUCUCCGUUGUAAAAGUGCACAUUCAUCUAGAACAUCAUCUGCUGUUCAAUUUGUUCUGUGGGUGAGAGAAUAACAAGCAUCUAAUCGAUCAUUGUCAGGAGAGCCGAGACGCAGCUCUCUGAACGUGACUUUAAGGUUGUUAUGUCAUAAUUGAGGACAAUAUUAUCACCGUGAUGAAAAAAUAAUGUACACUGUGCAAACAAGACUGCAGCGCAAUGCUCUGCCCAACGUGCAAUUGAUUUUGUGCAGUGGGCCGUGGCGGGGCGCUAACCCAGGCUCAAGUCAAGCACAUCCUGGUUAAAAUGCAUAAGAGGCUGAGCCGUCUUUUGGAAAAAAAAUAAACAUUUAAGCCUCACUGUCACUCUGCUGCCUGCUCCAGUCCUGUGCUGCCUUAUUCACACUGUAUCCUGCCUCUCUCUCUCUCUCUCUCUCUCUCUCUCUGUCUCUUGUCCUCUUCCCCACUGCACUCUCUCCAUAAUGCUUCAUGUCCUCUCUCCUGCCUUGUACAGUAUGUACCCACAUAGUUGAGCAGAGCCAAGCUGAGCCGUCCAGGCCCAUCUGCUCACCCCGAUAGUAACGGCUUUAAUAAAAACACCGUUUGGGGAUGAGAAUUGAAUUUCAUACUUGGACGCCCCGACACUACAUGUGUUUCGUUUUAAUAAAGAAAAAGAGUGUGAGGGAAGAGAGAGAGAGGGCGGGAGAGAGAGGGUGAGAGAGACGCUGGUGCAGAGCCACUCAGCCAAAAGAAGAUAGGCCCAGGCUUUUCUCAUUUGUGCUCACAUUCUUGCUUCCUUUAGCUCAGCUGUGUGUUUGCCGUUCCGUUGGGGAAGCUCAGGGGUGGGGGAGAGGACGGGGGAGAGGGUGGAGGGACAUAUGCCAUGUCAAUCAUGGCAUUUCCACUCUUUUUAAGAGAUAAGUGUUCAGUCAUUUCAAGAACUGGGUUCUACUCUUUUUAAAUGUGGCGCGGCAGAUUUGAAAUCAAUAAAAUUCACCCUCAUUGAUUCCAUUUUAUAAAUGCUGCCAGAGGUGAACGAUCAGAUGUUAUCAGUGAGAAGCAGUUUCUGCUGGUGGACAAUAGAAGAAAGAAAUAAUAAUUAUAAAAAAUUCUAAUAUGAAGUGAAACAAUAAACAUCUAAUAUUUUAUUAGGCUGCUUAUAAUGAAAAAACAUUUUUUUAUAAAUUUAAUUUAAGAUAGAGAUGCCACCUGUAACCCAUGGUACUCCCCACAUUGUCCUGCUCUGAUAUCAUCUUAGUCCCAAAUUUCUUUAAAUUAGAACUUAGAUAGUAUUGAUUUGUCAUCAAAAGUCCAAAAAUAUGAUGAAAUCAUUUUAGGGUUAUAUCAAGGUUUCCCAAAGUGAGGGGCGCCCCCUCCCAAGAGACACAGAGAUAUUGCAGGGGGGCUGCAGCGGGGCAGAGUUAUUUCAAUUCAAUCAUUCCUUUAUUUGUGUCACUUUUUUUUUUUCAUCUCUGUAUUUCCUUAAUAGUCAGACAGUUGGUUCAACCCCUUGGUCUCUGUGGGGGUUUUCUUUAUUUUCCUCAAAUGGUCUGAGAACAUGCACACACAGGGAUUAGGUUGAUCAGAAACUUCAAACUGACCAUAGGUGUGGUUGUGAUUGUGAGGAGAGUUGGACUGGUCAACUGUCCAGGGUGAACUGAUGACUGCUGGGAUUGAUUCCAGCUAACCCUUAAUCCCUGGAAAAGAUUAAAUAGUGGAAUAUUAAUUGUUCAAUAAAUAUUUUUUAUCAUUCAGAGCUGUUUUCUAUUGCUUUGAUAGUAGAUUUUUAGAGACAAGCUUUUUUUAGUGAGAAAAGUGUCUGUGUCUGUCUGCAGCCAUGAAGAAAGCUCACAGCAUCUGUCAUCACUGAGAAAUGAGACGAUUGUUCCAAUAAACAAAAACCAGGAAUUGAUUUGUCUCCUUGUCGUUUCCAUUCUGAGCACUGUGAAAAAUUCCAUUUGCCCAACUGUGUUUGGUGGAUAACUAUGUGUCACAGCUGUUCCCCAGCUCCGCGGAUGCUGUCGUUGAGCGUGGUUGUCGUACUGCAGAUGGAAAUGCUGAGCGCAGCAAGCUUGUACCGGGGCAGAUUCAAUCACAACAACACGGCAAAUCUCUGAGAUACACAGAAGCUAUUGAUUGGUUAAAAUAUACCCGGGCCAUCAACAUCUAUCAGAAGUCAGUCACACAGAGAGAACUCAGAGAUUUUAUUUAUUUGUAUGUUCAUUCAUUCGCUAUUUUUGUUAAUUUAUGCAGCUGGGACGAUGAUGUGUUAUGAUCCAGUCCUGUCAGAGACAGAGACCUGUUUGGUUGUCCAUUGGUCUGAUCUCAAAAAUAAUUCAAUGAGUGAUGAACAUCACUCUGUAAAAAUGAAUAAAAACCUGAAAAGUUCACGCAAGUCAAACACCAUACGUAGAUUAUAUUGUAUAUUAUAUAUAACUUAACUGUAGUUAAGUGUUGUUUCAUUUGUUGUUUCAUUUUCUGUUAAGUUCAAUAGCUGUGGCAUGUAGAUAAUUUUUAUUUUUUUAUUAAAUGAAAUGAGUGGUGAAAAUGGCCCACACAUUAACUGUGUUUAAAAACUUUUACAUUAAACGUUAUUAUGAAAAAUGAAACUAAUUUGCAAACAUGAACAUUACAGAUUGAGACUUUAAGAAAUGUUAUUGUACCCCCCCUUUUUUCUUUUUUUUAACUAUUGACUAAGUCAGUCAUGUGCAGUAGGUAUUUAUGAGCAGCAGUUCAUGUUGCAUUGUAUUUGUAAUGAUAUUUCAACACAGAUAAGAAGGUAAGAACCACAACAUUAAUUCCAGUCUAAAAAUUAAUGUAUUUUAAAAGCUGUGUUAAAUGAUGUGCUUUCCUGUUUAACUCCAUCCAGCAGGAACAUACCAACUGUACACACGUUGUCACUUCCCGAGCCUGGAGGCGAUCUGGUGGUGUUCCUGCAGUGAGGCAAAAGUGUUCACCACUCUCACAUUGUGCAGUCCCACAGUGAUUUUGUUUUACAGACAUACUUUUGAAACAGCAUGGUCAUAAGAACCAACUCCUACAGGUUUAAAAGAAAUAUGUUCCAGCACCAAGGUACCUCCUCAGGUGAAGAAAAAAAAACAACUAAUAUUGACCCUGCAGUGUCUCAGGCUAUAAUCCUGCAUGUCCCUGACACAGUGGUCAACAGGUUUACUCACAGGUUACUCCUGCAGGAGCUGCCCUGACACAUCAAAUGAAGCACAAACAAAAGCAAAGCACAGCACCGCAGGAGGAGACGCAGUUAAUAAAAUGCUUUGGAGGAGUUCCCAGCCAUCUGCAGAGACCCAGCAACAAGUGGACCCCACUAAAGAUUCCCUGCUGUUUGUGUGACUGUGAAACCCAUGGACUCCUCCGAAAAGGAGGAUGCCAGAGCCAAACCGCAGCUCCGCUCUCAUUCAUGCUGAGCGCUGCUCUCCUGUGCGCACGGAGCUGCAGAGCUGAGCUUUGGAACCGGAUCCUCUCGCUGCUCUCGCUGCUGCUUCUGUCGCUGCUGUCAAAGAAGGAAUGGAAAUGUCUGCUGCUGUUGCGGCUCUUCUCUCCUGCUGACAUGCCCAUCAGGACGGGACCAUGAUCUAACAGGCUGGCAGCAGACAAGGCUGAGGAUCAAGAGAUGAGAUUAUAAAGCACAGAAGUGUGGAGAGAGGUGGAAGACAAUAGCUCGUCAAAAACUCUAUUUUUGUUUCAUUUCUGCCUUAAGUUCUACGAGGCACUGACUGACCCUGCACAGGAUUACAGUCAAAAAUACCCACCAAUACCAACACACUCUCUCAUCACUUCCCCUCACUACCAUGUCCUCCCACCCGAGCCCAUCCCUUCCAGUCCUCCCCAUCUUCUCUCUGCUCCUGUCCCUUUCUACCUCAACUUUCUCCUCCCCCACGUCCAUCCCCCUUCUCUCCUUUUCCCCACCUGAAGGAGGCCUCACACACUUGGUAGUGCACAACAAAACUGGUGAGGUCUACCUGGGUGCUGUCAACUGGAUCUACAAGCUCUCCAGCAACCUCACCAAACUGCGGAGUCAUGUAACCGGGCCUGUGACGGACAACCCCCGCUGUUACCCUCCUCCUGGUGUCCAGUCCUGCCCCCAUGAACUGGUGCAAACCUCUAAUGUGAACAAACUCCUGCUACUUGAUGCCGCCCACAACCGCCUGAUUGCCUGUGGGAGUACUUCCCAGGGAAUAUGUCAGUUCUUGCGUCUGGAUGACUUGUUCAAACUCGGUGAGCCCCAUCACCGUAAAGAGCACUACCUAUCCAGUGUGGCUGAAGCAGGAACCAUGUCAGGUGUCGUGAUCGCCCCUGAUAUUUUUGGUGAAGGUGGGAAGCUGUUUGUCGGCACACCAAUUGACGGGAAAUCAGAGUACUUCCCAACCCUGUCCAGUCGCAAGUUGAUGUCCAAUGAGGAGAAUGCAGACAUGUUCAACUUUGUCUACCAGGACGAGUUUGUUUCCUCGCAGCUGAAGAUUCCUUCUGACACUCUGUCCAAAUUCCCUGCCUUUGACAUUUACUACAUCUAUGGCUUCAACAGCGAGCAGUUUGUUUAUUACCUCACCCUUCAGCUCGACACCCAGCUCACCUCUCCCGAUUCGAGCAGCGAACAGUUCUUCACCUCGAAGAUUGUCCGACUAUGUGUCGAUGAUCCCAAGUUCUACUCCUACGUAGAAUUCCCCAUUGGCUGCACCAAGGACGGAGUGGAAUACCGCUUGGUUCAGGAUGCUUACAUAACCCGGCCGGGAACCCAUUUGGCACGUUCUCUUGGUAUUUCAGAGCGGGAAGAGGUUCUGUUCACUGUUUUUGCACAGGGUCAGAAGAACAGAGCCAAACCGCCCAAGGAGUCGGCUUUGUGUUUGUUCACAAUGAAGCGGAUAAAGGAGAAGAUUAAAGAGAGAAUUCAGUCAUGCUACAAAGGAGAGGGGAAGCUGUCCCUACCCUGGCUGCUCAACAAGGAGCUGGCUUGUAUCAACUCGCCACUACAGAUAGACGAUAAUUUCUGUGGUCAGGACUUCAACCAGCCUCUAGGGGGCACCACAGCCAUUGAGGGCAUCCCACUUUAUGUGGACAAGGAUGACGGCAUGACCUCUGUAGCAGCCUACGACUAUCGUGGACACACCGUUGCAUUCACCGGCACCAGAAGUGGACGAAUGAAAAAGGUAAAUGUUGCUUUAUUUUACUGCUUAUUUUUUCCAUUAAAGCUGAGAAGCAAAGAAAACAAAGUUAAGGGUCGACGACAAAAGGGAGACAGCUUAUCCUUUGAUUCAAACAUUCUACGUAAAUGCCAGAGAGUUGGUGUGCUUUUGGCUGUGGUAGAAGUGGAGCUUGUGCGUGUAGUCAGUCUGCAGCUAUUAGCAUUUGGUCUUGCUAAACCAGGCCUGGUGGUCCACUCUUUAGACCGCUAGAAGCUGCAGAGAGUUUCUUUUUUGCAAGGUGGGAAAGGUGGCUGAAGAUAAUCUCCGAGGUGAGUGUGUGUGUGUACUGAACAGACCACCUGGUGUGUGUGCCAAUCAGAUCCCUGCUCACCUGAGAUCCAGCUGAGCUGCUGUGUCUUUUUUUCUUUCUCUCCUUUCUCCUUUACUAUUUUCCCUCUGUACGUCUUCAUGUUACUGAUACUCCUGAAUCAACAAACACCUAAAAAAAGGAAUUCUACAUCAGCCACUACUGUGAGAUCUUGAAAUCUUAUAGUAUGCUGACAACCUUGUGGGCUACAUUGAUGAUGUGGACAUUAGGACAUUAGAAGUUAGGUUUUAGUUGAAUUUGUUUCAUGGACUCAUUUUUGUAAAACGCCUAAAUCGUAGGAAACUAGAAGAGACUUACAUGUGCAAGUCAGUUAAAACCCUUUAAGGAAGUGAAGCUUUUUUUAAAAGAAAAUGCAUCUCAUUUUUUUUAAAUUUUUUUUUUAGCAUUUAUGGAUUUAAGUUGGUUUAAGUUGUGUCAAGUACAAUCCUAUUUAGUGGAAAACAACUUGACAACUGAUAAAAUGUUCUCGCAGAUUAAAACUGGUUAAAAGCCAAUAGAAAAUAAGUGACUGUGUGGGUUAGUCGACAAAUGGUAGUAGGAUGAUAAAACCAACCAAUCAAAGGGAGAUUUCUUUUUUAACACUUGAUUGACAAGUACAAUUUCAAUAUCAGUUUUAGCAAUUGCUAGUACUUAACAGCUAAUCCUACCACACAUUUUUCUUUUCUAAAUUAGAUUAAAAAUUACACUGUAAUGCACUGACACUAUCUCAAACACAUGUACAAGGUUAAUUGACCUGUAUUUUUCUCAUCUGCUGCAGGAAAGAGAGAGACUUUCAAAAGUGUUUAUGAACAGGCAUUCUUAAACACAGUAGGUGAGAAUGCUAUCACGCUAGAGCAGGGCCGUAUGGCCUAAAGAAUACAACCCAUAUUAAAGCAGAGAGGUACCAUGACUUUGAAAGCUAUGGCACAUUUGAAAGGAAUUUAGAUUUAAAGAAGGAAUGGAAUUAUUGCUUUGUAAUUAACAAAAGGGAAAUACUGUAAUAAUGUUAUUUAAUGCACCUGACUCAAAAAAUGAUCCCUCACACACACACACACACACACACACACACACACACACUCUUCCCACAGCUUCCUGUCUCGGCUGUUUUGCUAAGUCGACUGAAACCUAGCCCACUAGUCCUUGGGCCUGACCCCUGGACUACAUGUGAGUGUGUGUGCAGAUAAAUGAUUUGUGUGUGUGUGUGUGUUGAGUAUAUGAGGUCAGCAGAUCCUGGAUGAUAUCCCACUGAUCGGAAUCCCAUUUCCCCUCAGCCGGAGUGUCUUCCUGUGCUGUGGGAUGGAAGGGAGAAGGUGAGCACGGAGGUGGAGGCUGUCGGUGUCCCCACACAGAUCAAUGCACCUGCUGCAGUUAGGCGCAGUCGUCUGUACAAGAAGGAAAAUAGAAAGACAGGACGGCAAUCACUAUAAAUCAGCAGCGACUGGAGCUGGAGGCAUUUUAUGAGCCUUUUACAUUUGUUGGUGCCGUUAAAGUCUUUAAUCUGA